AUGGGAUCUGUCGAUAUCCAGGAGGGUGUCCAGGAAUCUCCCCCCAAAACGCCUCUGAUCGAGGAUGCCCCAGACGGAGGGCUCACGGCAUGGUUGCAAGUCCUGUGUGGCCAUCUGAUUGUCUUCAAUGUCUGGGGUUACAUCACUUCCUAUGGCAUCUUCCAGUCCUACUAUACCACGGCUCUAAAUCGCAAUGCCGCGGAUAUCUCCUGGGUCGGUUCCCUACAGAUCUUCUUCGUCUACUUCCUAGGAACAUUCUCCGGCCGAGCCAUGGACGCGGGCUAUCUCCGCGUCACUUUGGUCACGGGCCUGUUCCUACAGUUGCUGGGCGUCUUUAUGACCUCGCUGGCGACUAGCUAUUGGCAGCUACUGCUCUCUCAAGGUAUCUGUCAGGGCAUCGGGGAUGGGCUGCUAUUCUGUCCUAUCGUCGCUUUGAUGUCCACCUAUUUCACGCGGAAGCGCACAAUAGCCAUCUCUAUCUCCGCGUGUGGUGGAGCCACCGGCGGCCUGGUCUUUCCCGCCAUCGCGCAGACCCUCCUACACCGCAUCGGCUUUCCCUGGACUAUCCGUGUCAUGGGCUUCGUGCUCCUGUUCAAUGCAGUGGUUAUCAUGGCCUGUGUGCGGCAGCGGCUGCCUCCGCGCAAAUUAGGCCCAUUGAUCGAGUUCAAAGCGUUCACCAAUCUUUCCUACACUUUCUUCGCGUUAGGGACGUUUUUCUGCUUCUGGGCCGUCUACUAUGCCUAUUAUUAUGUCCGCUCGUUUAGUCGAGAUAUCAUAGGUGUUUCUGAUUACACCUCCUUCUCCAUGUUGAUGAUCAUGAACGGACUAGGCUUGCCUGGCCGUCUAAUCCCAGCGUACCUUUCGGACCGGUACUGUGGUCCCGUCAACGCAUUUAUUCCAGUCAGCGCCAUAGCGGCCAUCCUACUAUACUGCUGGGCUGCCAUUGACUCUUACGGGGGUCUCACGGCCUUUGCUGUGGUCUACGGCUUCUUCGGCGGCGGUGUGCAGAGUCUCUUUCCAUCGGCGGUAGCGAGCUUGACGGAUGAACCGAGCAAGGCCGGUGUCCGUAUCGGGAUGAUCUUUUCUAUUGUUAGUAUCGCCUCUUUGACAGGGCCUCCGAUCGCAGGAGCCCUCAUCGAUCUCGACGGGGGUCAGUAUCUAUAUGCGCAGCUCUUCGGUGGGACAUCCAUGAUGAUAGGUUGUCUCCUGCUUAUUAUGGCGCGAUACUUUAAGUGUGGCAUGAAUUUGUAUCAGCGGAUGUAG